UUGGCUGUUUAUAUACGUGACGUGGCGGUCGGGAUGAUGGCCGAUGGCAAAUGCUUUGUCACUGAUUGCACAGUUGUGCCACGCAGUGCGCAUUGCAUGCUAGUACUGUAAGGCUACAGCAGCAGCAAACUAAAUUCCAAAGCAACUCCGAGGUAUCGGAAAAUCCUCUUGUUGCCUCCUGCGACUCCGAUGUUAUUCUUCAGGUUUCACGCUGAUGGCAGUACCCAGCGGAUCACCAGUAGUCAGGAGGGUUGCAUCAAUGCAGCAACACGCGCACGAUGAAUGUGCAAUCACAGUACAUGACUACACGUGGUUGGAGCGUUUAGAGGCUGUCCGGCGCUUCAGCUUUAGGCUGGGAAACCUUCAGCAUCCCCUUGAAUACUGAUUGACUUCAAUGUCUUCUCAGUCGAAUUUACGAAGCCGUGCCGGAGGUGGGCUAAGCACGGUUUUGAACUACAUUUGGGCACGCCGGCCUCAAGGGUCUUCCACAACUUUGCCAACAAGCCAUCCUCUUUCCACGCUGCCACAAACAGCACCUCAUAUUACAGUCAGCAGUCCUGGAGGCUCACCAACCCCACAGAAGUCACCACCUUCAUCUCCGGUACCUUCUGCUAGUGCGACUCCAGUCGCUACAGCAAGCGGUGCAUGCACCGCACCGAGCAGCAACAUUAACCCUUCAAGUUCUGGCAUAUCUGUAUCGUCAUGCACAAUAUCUCCUUCUACAUCGACACGCAAGGCGAAGCCUAUUCCAGCAUCUGAUAUAGAUCGAUACAAGAGGAAGCGGACAAUACCCCAAACGAAGGACCGCGUGUUUAUUGAGCCGGGGAACAAGGUGUUCGAGGACAAACCGCCCUCUAGUCGAUGGAAACCACUUGCGCACCCUGAAGGUGCCUUGUAUUACUACGAGAGCACUUGUCGGAUAUAUACUGAUGCUGACUUGUCAAAACCGUCAACCCUCAGUGCGAUCGAGGCAUUCGCAGAUAAGCUAUAUAACGACGCACAAACCAACCCAAACAUAGAUAUCACUAGCAAGACGGAAUUGGUCGUUGAGGAUAUUGAUGAGCACACCUGCGGCUACUAUUUCGUCGAACAGGACACGCGGUGCAUCUUCUGGCUAGAACGUUUUGACGCAGAAUCCUUGUUCGAGAACAUCAGGCGAGUGAGGAACAUGGGUCAUAUCAAAUACGCUAUUGAAGCCCAGUACUGGGCUCAUUGUGAACUGUUUCCACAUGAAAAUCGAGUGACGCCGAAUGUUCUUGAGGAAUUAAAACAAAUGAUUAUGCAUGCUGCAGCAGUGACCAUCACGUCUGUGACAUCUGUCGCUCCGUUUGAGAGGGACGAGCUGGAGAAGAUGCUGGACCUCGUUAAGGAGAUCGAAGGAACCCUCGAAGGAGAAUUUACGCACACGAGAUGUGUUGUGGCUCGAUUCAUGUCCGAGUUCAUCAAAGCAAAGUUUUUCAAUUUCUGUGGACAGCCAGGUGCAAGACUGGAUUCCGACCAGACAAUCUACAAGGAUCAUAGUCAUCGGUCGCUCUUGUUCAUUAUUACCUCUCUUCUGCUCUUUGGCGCCCCUCAUACCCACCAAGAAGAUCUAAAAAAGAUAUGGGUUGAUAGGAUCAUUAAUCGCGUCCUCUGGAAUCAAUUCAUCGGGAAACUUAAUGAUGAAUGGGCUGGAUUGGCGCUCUCAGCGACAGUUAUUCUCAAUGCCAACGUGGCUUUUCUUGCAAUUCCAUCUGUACAAGACACCGCCAAAUUGCUAAGCUAUCUAUCAGUGGCUUGCAGUAUUGCAGUCGUCCUCCUCGUACUUCUACUGGUUCGUCAAAACCAAAAGAAGGAUUGCGAGCGAGCUGUCACACUUCUGACAUACGUAUCACAGACUUCCUUUGGCACGGAAGCGCUAUCCAUAACGUAUGGCUUGCCAUAUGGACUGUUGAUGUGGGCCCUACUAUGUUUUGCUGCGGGCUUUGGCGAUUUGAUCUUCGAAACUGAAGGUCGAUGGACGCGUGGUCUCGUAGGUUUUGCUGGAUCACUUGCCGUCUGCUUCGUGGCUUUGGUAGUGUGGAUAGGGAGACAUCAGAUCUCUCCGGAAGAUGAGGAAUCUACGACAUAGGUUGUAUAUUGACUUGAAACAAAUGCUAUGAAAUAUUGCCGACGUGGUUGCUGAAAAAUUUAGGUCAUGGAUCAUGGCAAGAUAUGUAACACACC